GCUUGUGAAAUUUUUUUAUUUGGAAAUUUCACUGAUGAGAAUUGGAGGAAUUGUUUUAUUUUGUCAAUUAAGAUUUUUGAUCAACAGGAAAUUUAAAAUCGAUUUGAGAAAAAUCGGGGAUUUAUUGUAAACGAUAUAAUAUCGAUCGGUCCUGGAUCGAAAGACUUUGAAAUAAUUAAAUGGACGGACGCAGGAAAGAUCGAGAGCAAAUUGGUCUUCUAGGAGUUGACAGAAUAUGGGGUAAAUCACCUACGAGACUAGAAGAAACUGACGAUGAAGACGAGACCCUCAAAAGCAAAACUAAAAUUGAAUUAUCACCAGAGAGCAAGAAGAGGAGGAAAAAGGAUAAAAAGAAGAAGAGUAAAAAAUUGAAGAAAGAGAAGAAAUUGAGAAAAGAAAAGAAGAAACGGAAGAAGAGAAAGAGGAAAUACUCGGAGAGUGAUUCGAGCUCAGGCUCAUCUGAUGAAUCAGAGACAGCGGAGUGGGUGGAGAAGGGCAAGGAGAUGGAUAAGCCAAAGAAGAGGAGGACAUCAUCGUCAGAUGACUCUGGAGAUGAUGGAAUGGUGGGUCCUGUCCAGAAGCAGCACGUGACACUCUCAGCGAAGGACUUUGGAAAGGCUCUGCUUCCUGGUGAGGGUGCAGCGAUGGCUGCUUUUGUCGCUGAGGGCAAAAGAAUUCCCAGGAGAGGAGAAAUUGGUCUUACGUCAGAUGAAAUUGCGUCGUAUGAGUCCGUGGGGUAUGUUAUGAGUGGUAGUAGGCAUCGGCGAAUGGAAGCUGUACGAAUACGUAAGGAGAAUCAAAUCUACUCGGCUGACGAGAAGAGGGCUUUAGCCAUGUUCAGUAAAGAGGAGAGACAGAAGAGGGAAAAUCUCAUUCUGGGACAAUUCAGGGAGAUGGUCACGCAGAAAUUGGCUCAGGAGCAAAAGAAAUAGUUGGAGUCCUUGGAAUUGUAUAUAUUUUUGACACAAGGGCUCAUUCUUCCUUAAUUAAUACAUCCAUUAAUUUAUCAAUUAAUACCGUCACCUCUAAUUAUUAAAAUGAAUAAAAGCUUUUUGUAAAAAAACUUAUACCAAUUAAUCUUCAGGUA